AUGUGGAAUUUGCAUUUUUUGAAUUUUGGACAAUGGUGCCCCUUCGACCUGUGUACCUCCAGCACUUCAACAAAGCUAGCUGCAGCAAGGAAACGUAAAUUCCUUUUCUUAAAUUCUCAGAAACUUACCCCUCGUGUUAACCAUUUACAUUACAAAAAAUCAGGUUCAAUCCCAGUUCAGACAGAUUAUAAUAUCAAAAUUCCUACUUUUGAUAGCGAAAAAUCAGAGACAAUUAGUUCUUUAUUUUCUCCUACUCCGUAUUGUCCAAUACCAGACAUGUUCUUUCCUCUGCAGUAUCGGAAUAUUAUUCCACCAGAUCCUAUUUACGAUGAGUACAACAACUUUAUCAUCCCAGGUUCACGGAAUUGGUUCACUUAUAUGUAUAAUCUAUCAAAAAGUCAUAUCGCCAAUCAAAAAGCUAAGGCUAGAGAUCCCAAUGAAGUUGCUGCAUAUCACGGUACAACGCGUAAACAUUUGACAAAUAGAAUGGAUGUUGUGAAUAGAAUUACUACCUAUAACAACACUUAUGAUCGCAUUAUGACAACGUAUAGAAAUUCUGCGUUACAAAAAUUAUCUAGACGCAAGCUUAAAAAUCUUAACACAGAGAUGGAUUAUUUUUUUUCAGCACAUCCUUAUGCCAUACAUGAUCAUCAUCGUCAUAGUGAGAAACUCCAGCAUGAAACUGUUACAUCAGACGACACUAAAGAAGUUGAGAUGCAUCCUCUUAAACGAGAUAUUUAUGUCUCUUCGUCCAUGGAUGGUGCACGCAAUAUGUCGAAACGUAUCUGCUCAGAUUCUACUUUAGCUUCAGAUUCCAAGCAAGCGGGUUCACUUCAGAGCACCAAUACUAACUAA